GCUGAAGCGAUAAACAACCACGUAAUAUUGGUUUCUGAGAUAACAUCCAGUACUCACCAAGAGCUCGAGCUAUCCUCAUCUGGCCUGCUGCUAUUGAUUGCCUUCGACUUCUUCAAGGUAAGAUGAAUAACGAAGAAAACCUUGAAGAUCAAACUUCAAACGCUACCACGGACAGCCAGGUUGCUAGAUCACAAGAUUCAGACCAAUCCAUCCUCCCAAACCUCCCAUUUGAACUCAUCACUGAGAUCCUCCUAAGGCUACCAGUCAAGUCUCUCUUGAAAUUCAGGUGUGUUUCGAAAUCUUGGCUUUCUUUGACCUUUAGCUCACGAUUCAUCAAAGCCCACCUCAAGUUGUCUGAUGAUGAUACGGAAUACACUCAUCACAAGGUCAUUUUACUUGAUUUAUCACAUGCUAUUGUCAAGUCUUGUUCUCUUCAAUCUUUUCUUGAUACACCAUCGGCUGAUCUUGCAACUGAUGUUUCACUCCCAGAGGAAUUAGUCAAGCGUUCAUUUUGUAUGGUGGGCUCUUGUGAUGGAUUGAUUUGCCUUGAGGCUAGGUAUGAUUUGUACUUGUGGAACCCUUGUACAAGAAAGUGCAAGAAAUUGCCUGGGCCUACUUUUGAAGGGAGACCUGGAUGGUUUUAUUGUGUCUACGGGUUUGGAUAUGACAAGUCUAGUGAUGAUUAUAAAGUAGUAGCCAUCUUAGCAGAGAGAUCAAAACUGGAUGGUAUAUACCGUGUCACGCAAGUGAGGAUUUACAGUAUAAGCACUGAUUCCUGGAGGAGUAUCGGAAAUUUUAGGGAAGGAGUAGAAUUGGACAAACCAGGAAAGCUUUUUAAUGGGAAGCUGCACUGGGUGGUACGUCCUUGCGUUGUUUCAAUUAAUUUAGAAAAUGAGAUGUGUGAGGAAUUUGAGCUGCCUUAUUACGGAGAACAUGGAAUUGAUCCAGCAUUAGGGGAAUUCGAAGGAAAGUUUGCCGUGCUCUGUCAUCAUUACCUUACUGUUGAUGUGUGGGUUAUGAAGGAGUACGGAGUUAAAGAGUCUUGGACCAAGAUCUAAUGUCAUAGAUGGAGAUGAUCUUUGGUAUAAAUUUUAUUCCCCACCACUAUUUUUUCAAAAGAAAAAUGGUGAAGUUGUUGUCUUACAUGGAUCGAUUCUGAUGGUAUAUGAUCUGAAAAAUUAUCCUGACAAUAACCCUCAACUUAAUAGAUUCCAUGGAUAUGCUGAAGCAAAUAUGUAUGUUGAAAGCUUGGUUCAACCGUGGCUUAUGAUGGACUAAGAGGAUAUAGCAGUGACAGUGGUCAAAGAGGCUAAUUGAACUAUUGAAGUAACUGCUUUAAGCAAUCUUAAUAUGCAAGUAAUCAUUGUAAGGAUCAUUCCCACAGAACUAGUUGUUUGUUCAACUCCAUAAAGUCGUCUUAGCAAUCUGGUAGAUAAUGCUUCUUGUCCUGAUCAGCUUCUUCUUCUAGUAGUUUUUGGUUGACUUGGCAAGUACAUCCUAUCUUGUUGCAAAUUUCUUUCUUGGUUGUCUUAUGUUUACAGGCUAAUUUGAGCUAUAAUUUGGGGCAUUCAUCGCAACGCAUAGAUCCGACUUGAUGCUCCUCUGUUGCUUGUGUUGUUACUCCCCGAUGUAAUAUGCUACAUCAGAGUUAAGAAUAAAGUUGCUAGUGGUUAAUAAUCAGGUCAGCAAUGUCCGAAGAAGAUGGUUAAAGUUCACCUCUGAUGCACCUCUGCUGCUGUCUCACACAUGUUCUUUUGGGGUAUGCUCAAUGCAGCAUGUUCAACUCAAUCUGCAGAUUUCUGAUGGUCACUUGGAGAAGGUGAUCAGAGUUUUAUUGUAUUGAGUUAGAUAAUUUUGCAAUGCAGAAGAAAAUGAAAUCCCUCUUGAGUCAUUGUUUGAGUCCCUCAAAGUCUCAACUCUAUGAUCUUGUAGCUUGAUAAUCUGCUGGUCCAUGUGAAGUUCCUAAUACAGAACCCAUAAUAAUGCUUCCAAAUUGUUGCUGCAGAUUCGUGUGGAGAUUCCUGUCUCCAGCUUAAACAUUUGUAGUACAUUAUGGUAUCGAAACCAUUGGCAAUCAAAGAUUUUAGUUUGAAGAUUGGUAAUUGACAGGAAGAUACUUCAUUGUAUCUAUUUUAUGGUUUGCACA